UCACACAUGCUUGUACCAAAUAUAUGGAACAAAUCUCUUAUUUUCUUUUACCGGAAAAUAUAAAAUGCCAAAAUGUCUUUUCUAACUAGAAUAGUCGGUAAAUCAACAGGUUUAAGUGGCAUUCGAUUAAUGUCGGUCUAUCCGCAACAUUACGUCGAACCUAUAGUGCAAAAAGAUAAACAGAUCGAACAAAAAAAUGAGCUCCCAAUGCUUCAUCAUGUCCCCAUCAAGGCUGCUCUCAACAAGUCUUCAGAUACAGUGUUUCACGACGAUACGAAGGAGAAGCUGUUGAAUUAUAUAACGAAAAAGGGAAACAGUGCAUUGGCCAGAUCGCUUCUGUCGAAGGCCUUUGAGUUAAUAAAAAGGACGCAAACAGAGCGCCUAAAUCUGGCCAAAGGGGACAAGGAUCAGGUAAUCACGAAUGCCGAAGUGCUUUUGAAACAAGCUGUUGAAAACUGCCGGCCGUUACUGCAAGUAACUGCCAUCAAAAGAGGUGGUGUAACCUACCAAGUGCCGGUUCCUAUCACAACAAAGCGGUCCUACUUUUUGGCCAUGAAGUGGUUACUGGAGGCAGCUCGUGAAAAGGAGCGCAAGGUGUCUCUUCCUGAGAAACUAGCAUGGGAAAUCCUUGACGCCGCCCAUGGACAGGGUAGGGUUGUUAAAAGAAAAGAUGACCUGCAUAGGCAGUGUGAAGCAAACCGCGCAUAUGCUCACUACCGAUGGAGUUAAAUAUGUAUUACUAAAAUGAUUAUUUUAAUAAAACUUUGAGUUAUGUUAUAAAAUUUUAAAA